AAUAAUAAAACCGGAAAAAACUCCUUUUACUCCCGCUGUAAUUUACACAAACAGGAUAGUCGCCUUCCAUCUUAAACCCUCCAAGAACCCUAGCUGUCUCAAGAGAGAGAGAGAGAGAGAGAGAGAGAGAAAUGGGAGGAUCGCGAAGGAAGUUAAAGAGAUCAAGACCGAAGGUGAGAGUAGGACUUCCAAAGAAGAAGCCUCGCGUCGUCAAACCAGCUUUCUGUAUCCCUCCCAAGCUCCGAACCCUCGUUGACUCCGCCGAUUCCAAGUGGGACGACGAAGGCACUGUCCUACACAACUACAAGUCUUUCGGCGUUGUUUCCAACCCUAACUUGCUCAGUGUCCGUUCUCGAACGUCUCACGUGAUCGAAAUCGACUCUCUCCAGGUCCCUCCUCCCCCUCCGCCCUCCGAUGCCCCUGCUUCAGAGUUUGAUCCCAUAGAUUCCGGAAGCGAUCUUGAAGAAGAUGAUUUGAAAUCAGCACUUGGGAAAAAGCGAAGAGAUGGAAAAACUGCACCUUUGCAACCAUUGACCAGCAUGCAACGGUAUCAUGUCCGUCAGCUGGUUGAGAAAUAUGGGGAUGACUACCAGAGGAUGUUCAGGGAUACGAAGUUAAAUUCUAUGCAGCAUUCGGUUGCUGCACUGGAGAAACUGUGCAAGAGGUAUCAUAUGCAUCAAAACAAAAAUCCCCUCAUUGUGUCUAGUUGAGUGUGAUCCAGUUCUUGCUACCUCUUCUCCCUGUUAUUAUAAUGCCCGGAUAUCCAGAUAAACCAAUGAAAUUUUGUUCUCCUAGCUUUGUUAAACUCGCUAAUUUAACUAUAUUCUGUCGAGACCCAAUUGUUGAGAAGCCAAUGUUCUCCCCUUGUGGAUAUUUGAAGUGAAAUAUGCUUGUUUUGCA